AUGCGCUUAGGGAAAAUCCGGAAGAUUUGCCGUCUUCUUGAAAUUGCCGGCUUAUUCAUGAUGCUACCCAAGAAUUUCAAAGUCUUGAAGAGAUCCAUUUCUGAGAAAAUUCUUCGAAAACCCCAUCAAAAGUGA